AAAAACAAGAACUUUCCUCUGGGGAAUAAGCACUACGCAAAUUUUCUUUCAGCGAAUGAUCAAUGCCAUUAGGAAGAUUUGGUACUUGAUUGUUAACAAGUAAUUGCAGCUGCAACCCAGUGGCGGGAGCGAAUUGUUAUAAUCAGUCGUUCGAGAUCUACGAAAUUACAACGUCGAGGCACAAUAUAUUGAUAAAGAAGAAGAAGACAAACGUUUCGAAAGUAUUUCGAAGGAAAUAUAUCAAGUCCUUUUCUCCAAUCAGGAAAAAUAGUAUUGCGCUCUGUCGUCUCUUUAUAAUCAUGAGAAGGGCAACAAUUUGUCAUCAAGAGAGAACAAUUCAAGUUAAUAAUGACGCACUGCUCUCGCUCGAGAGGAGUAAAAUUGACAUUAUGAACGAAGUUGCGAGGGCGUAUCACGAAAUUGAGGAAUUGAAAGCAAAGCUCGCCAAGAAAAACAGUCAAAUAAAGAACUCUCACGACUUUCAGGACACUCUAUUACUUCAGGCAGAGAAACUAAGGUACGAAAAAGAGCAGAUAAGUCAAAGAUGCGACAGUGUUAUGCAGGAAAUGAUGGAUCGCCUUCGGGUCAAGCAGGACAUCAUCUCACAAGUCAGGGAGGAGAUCGAGAAAUAUGUUAAGCUGAAACUUGAGGUCCAAAACAGGAACCAAGUCCUAAGAGAGCGGCUUGAGAAGCGAGACAAGAUAAUCGCUGGACUGAAAACUAAAUUGACAAUGAUGAGUAGCUGGACUGUGCGUUCCACAAGCAGCGCACAAAUUUUGAGUUGAAGUUGGAGAUAAGUGAUAAUAAUACGCCUACUAUCGACUAAAAGGUAUCGGGCUUUAAUCCAAAGCUGUCCAUGCCGACACAUGAGAAGGGGCUUCGACAGUUUCCAACGGAUCUGCCAGAUUGAAGCGAAAUUCAAUAUUUGUUAGUCUUAAAACUUUGACGUACAUGUUUAUAGGCGGAAAAAAUGGCUAUAUACGCAAUGAUCACAGAAGAGUAGUUGGAGGCGUGAGAAUCAAUUCCGUUCAAAUGGAGAGUGAUACAAUCUCAAGUACUUAGAAAUAUUCAUGUGCGCACAUUAUCGUUGUGGUUGGAGGGGACAUAGUUUCAUCUCAUUAAUAGAGGAAAGUAACGGAGGAUCAAAUGCUAACGAAUCCAACUUCAUACCUGGUUCAGUUGUGUAUACUACAGUUGAAAUACCAUUCCCCUUCUUAAAUUGCUAAGUCAUCACUAUAGUGACAAAGCAAAAGGAAUCCGGCUUCAAAUGGCAGAGUUGAGAGCGUAUCAAUAGAUUAAUACUAAAGGAAACUUAAGAGAUGGAAUUACUGCUUCGCAAACAGCGCCACGAACGUGAUUAAACGCAUGAUAUGUGUCAACUUUUGAAGCAGAAACAUUUUCAAACACACGUACUUUCAAUCGUGCUGAUUCUUUGUAAACGCGGAGAUGUUAUUUGUUGAUUUUAUUACGUUAUUUGCUCAUAUUUCACGCUUCGAUGCCAUCGUUGGUUGCCUUUUUGACACAUAAAUGACGUCCAGGGCCAAAAGCUUUUGUGAAAAAAAUGAUGCUCACAUUGUUAAGACUGGGAUAGAACCAUUCCGCGUUUGACAUUUUUACGCAUUGUAGAAAAAGAUGUAUUGACAGGCUUCCCGAUCAAUUAAAUUCCAUAGCAACCAUGAACAGGCAUCAAACAAACGGAAGGAAGUCAUAUAACUGUCAGGUUAUAUCGUAGUUCAAUUCAACUACGCUAUAUUAAUGCAAAAUGAAACAGUGCGUUACUUAAUAGCAAUCACCGUAUCUUAGCUAUUACGUAAAUAAAGACAAUUCAAUUAUAUGCG